AUGGCCACUUCGCUCGCCUGUGCUGGCUUCUUCUUCGACACCGAGCCGAUCGGCGAGCCCCGCCUGCCUGCGUUGAACGCGUGCGCGCUCUGCUCCAAGCCGCUCACCCGCAACAGCGACAUCUUCAUGUACAAGGGGGACACCCCGUUCUGCAGCGAGGACUGCCGCUACGAGCAGAUGCACCACGACGCGGCCUACGCGAGGCAGGCCAGCCGCAGCCGGUGGAAGCAGCAGCAGCAGUCGCAGCGGAGCAGAGGAGCCUCUGUGGUCGCCAAGGCAGACGUGUACGUGGCCAGCUAA